UAACAGUAACCCUGACAACAGCGCGUCUUUACCGCCACCUGCUGGUCAACACCGAACUGUGCAGACAACAUGGCGGCUGUCACUAGGACAUUGUGCUGUUCAGUGUUGAGACACUCCAGCAGGCAGCUCAGCACAACAUGUGGAGUUCAAGCUGGAGAGAAAUGGAGGAAAGAACAUGGACUUGCCCGAAGUGGCACAGAAUACGGACCUCUGACAGAUCUACCUGAUUGGUCUUUUGCAGAUGGAAGACCAGCACCUCCGAUGAAGGGAAUGCUGAGAAGAAGGCAAGAGAGGGAAGCUUUAGCAAGGCGUAUCGUGAUGCUGAGCUCUGAGGUGGACAGAGGGAUGGAGAGAUGGACAGAAAAACAGGAAGAAGCCAAACGGAUGGAGGAACACAAAAAGUCUCUUUUACUGAAACCUAAAGGGAAGCUAUUAAUGAAGAAAAAUCCUCAAAGUUAGAAACAGUUUAUCAUCGUAAUGAUAUCGUUAUUCUGAAUGUUGAUAGUCAAAUAUUUAUAAGGUCUCUUAUGUUUUCUCCUGCAAGACAGUUUUUCACUUCUCAUGAACUUAUGUUGCAGUCAUUUUCAUGCAAUAAAUGAUUUAUACUUUCAACACGAAA